AUGUCGUCAGAUAAAAUCCUCCCUGUCCCAUCACACAACGCGGCCGCCUUCAAUACACCCUCUCUCCAAGCGCAACCAUCAUCCUCAGUCUGGGAUCGCAUCUCCACAUGGGCCUCCGAGAAUAAGGCAAUUGUCUGCACCAUUGCCGGAGUCGCCGUAGUCAUCACAAGUGCCGGUUUUGCCUAUUACUUAACCGACUCCGGCCGAUCAACAGCUUCGACGCAACCCGCGGAGAAAAGGAAGAGCAAAAAGGAGAGACGGCGUGAGAAGAAGAAGGCGGAGGAGGAGAAAAAGGGUGAGGGUACUGUUUCAUCCGAUGCCGCCAAGAAACAACCAGAGGAAUCUCCGGAAGCAUUGCCAGAGGUCGACGAACUCACUGUCGACAGUCUGUCCGCCGAAACUCGAGCGGCAUAUGCUGCAAAGCUCAAGGCUGCAGGAAACAAAGCCUUCGGUUCCCUUGACUACAACCGAGCCAUCGAACUAUACAGCAAGGCUAUCCUCUGCAAACCGGACCCCGUGUACUACUCAAACCGUGCCGCGUGCUACAACGCCCUCAGCGAAUGGGACAAGGUGGUGGAGGACACCUCCGCGGCCCUCGCCAUGGACGACGAAUACAUCAAAGCCAUGAACCGCCGAGCAAACGCGUACGAGAAGCUGGGCAAAUUCCACGAGGCGCUGUUGGACUACACCGCCAGCUGCAUCAUCGACGGCUUCGCCAAAGAAUCCAGCAAGCAGGCCGUGGAGCGGCUGCUGAAGAAAGUCGCAGAGCAAAAGGGCCGCGCAAUCCUGGAAGCGAAGGGGAAGAAAUUGCCCAGCGCUACAUUCGUGUCCAAUUACCUGCAGAGCUUCCGCCCACGGCCCCUACCGGAUGGUUUGGGCGAGGAUGUGGAGUUGGACGAGGAGAACGGCAAGGGUCAGCUGCGCAAAGGAUUCCUCGCCCUGUCCAAGCCGACCGGAGAUGGGUACGAGGAGGCAGCCAAGGCUUUUGAGAAGUCGCUUGAGUUGGGUAACCUGGGCAGCUUUGAGGCCCUGGCCUUGAACAUGCGGGCGACUUUCACGUAUCUGGCUGGCGAUGCUCAGGCUGCGUUGCAGGACCUGAAUAAGAGUGUUGAGCUAGAUCCGUCGUUGGUCCAGAGCUAUAUCAAGCGGGCUAGUUUGCACCUUGAACUUGGCAACCGAGAAGCUGCAGCAGAUGAUUUUGACCUUGCCGUGGCACAGAACAAGGAUGAUCCGGACAUUUACUACCACCGUGCGCAGCUUCACUUCAUCCUUGGCGAGCUCCCCGAGGCCGCAAAGGAUUACCAAAAGUCCAUUGACAUCGACCGGGACUUCAUCUAUUCCCACAUCCAACUCGGAGUAACACAAUACAAGAUGGGCUCUGUGGCGUCUGCGAUGGCCACCUUCCGCCGCUCCGUCAAAAACUUCGAGAACAUCUCCGACGUCUACAACUACUAUGGCGAGUUGCUUCUCGACCAGCAGAAACAUGCAGAGGCGAUUGAGAAGUUCGACAAGGCGGUCGAGUUGGAGAAGAAAAACAAGCCGUGGGGCGUCAACGUGCUUCCUCUUAUCAACAAAGCGCUCGCGCUGUUCCAGUGGAAACACGAUUUCGCUGAAGCGGAGAAUCUCUGCCAAGCGGCGCUCAUCAUUGACCCGGAAUGCGACAUCGCCGUCGCGACCCUCGCGCAACUCCUCCUCCAACAAGGCAAGGUGUCCCAAGCACUCGAAUACUUCGAACGCGCGGGCGAGCUUGCGCGCACGGAAGCAGAAGUCGUCAACGCCGUGUCAUACGCCGAAGCGACGCGGGCGCAACUCGAGGUGCAGGAGCGGUAUCCCAAGCUCGCUGCGCGGCUCCAGCAGGUAGCCGGUGCGGGUGCGAUGGGGGUGCCGCCCGCGUAA